AAGCUAAAAGUCAAAACUCCUGAAAUAUAUUUUUGAGGUUAUAUUAUUAGUAUUGCAUUGCGUUUUUUGUAUUAGUAAUAACUAAUAAGUAAUUAUUGUGUCAUAUUGUGCUUAAUAAGAUGGCAGAAACAAGCAACAGCAACCAGCAAGUUCUUUCUAUUUUGCAAAAGAUCAAAAACCAAAAUAAUGAGUCAAAAGUCCUUGCCACUGAAAGUACAUCUAAAGAUAAGAAAAUAAAAACAAACUCUAUUCGAGGCAUGCCGAAAUCGGGCAAAUUUUGGAAAACAAAGAAAGACAGAUUCUCAUCAAUUGUAAAAACGAAGGGUAUUAGACCAGACUUUAAAAAAAAAACAGAACUGAGACAAGAACUUAACAGAACUAAAGCACUAUCCAAACAGCUUGUUGAACAGAUUAAUGAAAAACAUUUAACACAAAAAGAAAGACGUCGGGUAAAUAUUAAAAGAGCCGAAGAAAAUAAGAAAAAAUCAGAAAUUGUUCAAGUUAUAACAAACUCUACGAAACUUAAAAGGAUGAAGAAGAAACAGCUAAGAUUUAUUGAAAAAAGAGAUGUUAAUAAAGAAAGCAAGUAGAAAUUAAAUAU